UCGCAUUGGGCGAGCGCUAGUCACGUGGUGGUUGCCUGGUGACCGCGCAGCGCAGCGCAGCGCGAGCUGGUGUGGGAACGGACUCCGGCUCCGGGACUCGCCUCGUGCUCCGGGAUGUCCUCGCCACCGGCCGCCGGCGUCGCUCCGAGGGCGGAAGUGUCUGUGGACGGAGACGAGGAGGAGAAGACGACGAGAGAGUUGACGGAGGAGCAGAAGCACGAGAUCAAAGAAGCUUUCGACCUGUUCGACACCGACAAGGACCAGGAGAUCGACUACCAUGAGCUCAAGGUGGCCAUGCGAGCGCUGGGCUUCGAGGUGAAGAAGGUGGACGUGCUGAACAUCCUGAAAGAUUACGACCGGCGGGGCACCGGCAGGAUCUCCUUCCAGGACUUCAGCCACGUGGUGAGCGAGCGCAUGGUGGCACGCGACCCCCGCGAGGAGAUCCUCAAGGCCUUCAAGCUGUUCGACGACGACGAGUCCGGGAGGAUCAGCCUGAGGAACCUGCGGCGCGUGGCCCGCGAGCUAGGCGAGGAGGUGAGCGAGGAAGAGCUGCGGAGCAUGAUCGCCGAGUUCGACACGGACGGCGACGGAGAGAUCAACCAGGAGGAGUUUGUGUCCAUCAUGACGGCGGAUGGCCCCUGAUGGGCGGGGCCCGCCUCCACGCAGCUUUCUGCACUCUUUGAUGUCGAUAUUUAUUUUGGAAUAAAUCUUUUUCCACGCUGA